AUGCGAUUCCUUUCCGCACUGGGCUUCGCGGCCGCGGCCGUCGCCCAGCUGAUUCCGAGCUCCCUCGAGAUGAGCGUCGACGCCGAUGCCGUUGGUGCGCUUGCCGACCCUGUCUUUGCGCCUGGCGAGGCCCCCUUUCCUAUAUACGAGACCAUCUCCGGCACGCCCUACACGCCCACUGGCUCCGUUCCCGCCGCUCCCGCCGCUCCCGCCGCUCCCACCGAGCCCGCAUCUGGCCCCGUCGAGGUUCCCGCCGCUGCCGUCCCCGUGUCCGUGUCGGUCCCCGCCGGCGCUCCUUCACCCAUUUUCGAGACCCUUUCCCGGGACCCCGUCGCCUCUCCGGCCGCCCCCUCCGCCAGCCUUCCCGUCGAGUCUCUGGCGCCUUCAGCGCCUCCCAGCAGCACCUCUGUAUCGGCUCCCGCCGGUGGCGGCGCCGUCGACCCUACCUUUGCGCCUGGCGAGACCCCCUCUCCCAUAUUCGUGACCCUCUCCGGUGCCGCCUACAGGCCCACCGGCGGCGUCCCGGUCGUUUCUUCCGCGAUCCCCACCGAACCCGCGUCCGCUCCCGCCGAGAAGGUUCCUGCGGCCUCCGACCCCGCCUCCGUGCCAGCUCCCCCCGGCGCUCCCUCGCCCGUCUUCGAGACCCUGUCCCAAGGCCCCGUCGCCUCCUCGACUGGCGCUCCCGCGGAUUCUGCCCCUACGUCCGUGUCGGCCCCCGCCGGCGCUCCCGCUCCUAUCUACGAGACCUUGUCCCAGAACCCCGUCGCCUCCUCGGCCGCCCGAUACGCCAGCGUGCCCGCCGAGUCUUUGGCGCCUUCGGCCCCUUCCAGCAGCGUCCCCCCCUCGGCUCCCGCUGGUGCUCCCACGCCCAUAUUCUCAACCCUGCCGCAGGGCGCCGAUGUCGGCAGCGCGCCCAGCCCUACAAAGUGCCCUUCCUUCAGCGGCCAGGUGUGCGUCACUCGCACGGCCACCGAGACCGUCUACGUCACAGUAGACGUGUGCUCAUAG